AUGGGUGCAAAAAAGGAAGAUGGGGAAAGAACUGUGAAACGAUUUGAUUCACCUCCCAGCGGUCGGAACGGAUGGCAGGAAAGUUUAGAUAACGGGAUCAUGCAAAAAAGGUCCGAAAAUAGCUUCCCUUCAUAUGAUGCAUACGAAGGUGGCGGUUUUUUUCUCCUGAAUGGACUUGGUUCGACUUCUUUUACGCAAGCAAGACGUCAGCUUUUCCUCCACGGCCAUUUCGUGUCUACCUCCAACCUCAAUUUGUUGCCCGGGCGCAGACUCAGAAGUUUGGACAGCCUCCUAAUCAACACCAUAAUGGCAAUUUUUGGGUCAAGAACGAGUGUGCGUUAA